AGAAGUGUCAAAACUGUCAUCCACUAUCAUUACAUCGUGUAAUCAGAACACAAUAACAAAAGGUCAAAAUCAGUAGAAGCGUCUCAGUUCAUGAAUUUCCAAGAUGAAACAUCCGGAUCCGAAAUCGAAAUGUGUUCUGAUUACACACAUCGUAAAUCCACACCAAUUUUACUAUAAGUACACGGACCAGAUUGUCAACGGAGCAUUCUCUAAAUUUGAUUUUGAAAUUCAACUUUACGGAAACGAAUUAUACGCACAAAAGACACACGAACACGGAUACGUGCCGGCGGAAAGUGAAUUGGUGAUUUUCUUCAAUGUAAUUUUCAACAAAUGGAUUCGUGGCCGGGUGAUCAGCAUUGGACAGGAAAUUACUUUCUGGUGCAUUGACAACGGAGUUUGGGAAAAGCUGGCUGCACCACAUGUGUUACCACUGGCGGAACAGUUUCACAAGGACAUGAAUCUCGUACAUUUAGGAGGACUGUCGCUGUUGCCUAUCGAGAAAACAUGGAAUGUCGAAUCCGAACAAGUUGAAACGCAACUGUCCCAAGGAUGGGACGAGAAGUCAAAGAAUUUGUUCAAAGGAAUCAUCAGCACAUCCAAAACGUUUACGUUCACCGAAGAGUUCGAGCUGGAAAACCAUAAAUUUGGUGCGCUUGCCAUUGAAUCGAAAGCGAAAGAGAGGAAAGAGAUCAACCAAAUUUUACUGGAAAUGAACAGCGCAGCACAGAGUCAUCAAUACUCCGAUGAAGAUCUCUGGCCAUACGUUCACAGUGUUCUAUUGAAAUCCCGAUUGUAUCGAUCGAUUUUGGAUGGCUCGCACACUCGAGUCGCAAAUUCGGAUUGCAAUGUCGGUCCAAUGAAGGCAAUACGACGGGCCAUUCUCGGCAGUGAAAUGUCGUCCAUAGAGAACCUAACUCCCAGCGAGUAUUUCGACGAUACAGCGAGUCGGAUAUCUUCAGAUGUUUCAACCACUGUCGAACCUGAAGUCGUACCCUAUGGAAGUGGUCGCGAAGCAGAGAGUGAUGAAAAACGAAAGCCUAGCGUUUCGAAAUUUCGUAAUGAUGUGUCGAAGGGUAACGAUUGUUAUGACUUAAGUGAUACUCCCAGCAUCAUAUCAAAAGAAAAUCACCGUCAAAGAAGCGCAACGCACGAAGAAUGUUAUUUACGCGCCUGUAAAAGAGACGAUACGAAAAACGUACGACAACAGCCGUUGCGUUCGACAAUGGACUGGAUAAAUUCGAUGAAUAAAUCAAAAUUGUCAGACAUAGCAUGCCGAAGCGAUACGUCGGCUAGGAGCAGCACAACGGAUUUAAGUGACAACUGCUCAAUAAAGCAGACAUCACCAGCGUCGUCCACAACGACGAGUCGCCGGGACAUAUUAGCCGCAUUAACCAAAAAAGGAUCUGUGACCGAUGCGGCUGUAGAAAGUUCUGUGAAAGCGCAAAACCCGCGUUUUGGCAUUCCUGCUGGUUUUUCAAAAAAUUGUUUGAACUCCUUUGGUGGAAUGAACAGGAAUAGUGCCACGUAAAUUAGGGUACGGUGCUCCAUAAAGGAUGUCCGCAGUUCAGUGUUGCCAAACAAGUCUUAAAUCGUUAAUAUGAAUUUCUGAGGUGUCAAAUGUAUAUAUCCGACCCGCUCAAAUACACCUCCUAUUGGCAAAAAUAUAAAUGUAACUUCCAGAGAUGAGUAUAACUCUGUCGGGCAACACUGAAUUGCAGACGUCCCUUAUAGAUGUUCCCUUUUAAAGUUUCUUAAUUGAAGAGAUUUCGUUUUUAAAGUUUUAUUUGAAUACAAAUACCGUGUCGACGGCAAGAACUGAA